AUGGCUCCCCAGGGGCCACAAAGGAGUGAUGAUGAUGAUGAAUCAGAGAAGGUUUCCACGCCUACUCGGGCUCUAUAUAAGCUGAAGGAAAUUAAAGGAGCGGUACCAGAAGUGUUUGAUUCUAACCAGAUUUUGUUGCUUCACACUUCCAAAAUGUUCAAACUCGUCUUGGUUUUAUCCAUCGGUUACAUCGCAGCAGGUCUCGAACAAGUUGACGACUGUGAUGCUCUCGAGAAAUGUAUGGACCCUAAAAGUUAUGUGACUCCAGCUAAUGUAGAAACACUUUAUGGUAAAAACAACUCUGAAGCCCUUCGCAGGAACGGCAACAAGUUUUACACCUGCUUUUAUACUUCUGUGUAUAAAUGCUCUGACCCAGUUCGUAAUAAUUACCUCAAGGGACAAUUAAAGUUGGUCACUUUCCUAACGAAGAGCAAAAAGGAUAUCGAAGACUUGAGUAAGUGCAAAGACAAGGACAAGAUUAAAUGGGCGAUCGCAUUCAUUAACUAUCAUUUCUGGAGAAGUCUCAAAUCCGCCUCGUAUAAUGUUAUUACAUUGCGUCGUAACAUUAAAGUCGAGAUGGAUAGAGAACUUUGCGAGAAAUUGUCUGAUCUGAGUUUUGAUUUUUAUAUUGUAUUGACCAAACUCUGCCCGAAAAAUUCAGCCGAAAUGCUGAGCUGGUAUUGGGAGUAUUACCAGCUAGUGAACUUUGAAGUGUACAGCUGGUGCGAUACCAGUUAUAUCGGAAUACAACUACCAGCACGCAAUCUUAGCGACCUAGUGCGACACCCGCGAGUGGAGCCACCUGACAUAAAUAGCAGGAAAGCCAUUAAAUCUUUUGGGAGGUAUUACCUACCUUUAGAUUUGACUAAUGGUCACACAAAUUGA